AUUUCCAGUUACAGUCUGUUACAGUACCGACUCUCAAUAUUUAAUUGUUAUUAUUUUUGAUUUUCUGAAUUAAAUUAACAUGGAUACAGUAAUGGCGAAGGGCAAACCAUUAUCUAAAGAUGAAACUAAGGCUUUGCUGCAACUUAUUGAAAAUAGUCGCAUUAUAACUACUAAAUGUACCAACACCACCAACAACAAAUUAAAAAUAGAGGAGUGGACCAAAAUAACGGAACAAUUCAACGCAACGGCUACAACUUGUCGCAGAACGCCUCAGCAGCUUAGGUUGAAAUGGGAAAACCUUAAAAAAAACUCCCGUAAACGAGCAACGAAAAUAAGAAUGAACAACAUACAGACUGGUGGAGGUGCUCCUGAUUACAUACCCCCAGAUGAUAUAUUGGACCGUGUCGCUAGUGUCCUGGGGAGUACAGUUAGCGGGUUCACAGUACCCUUUGGAGGCGACAAGGAAGAUAUUGGUGAUGGUAUCUGUGUUGGUGAUGGAGUUGGUGGUGGUGUUGGUGAUGGUGUUAGUGGUGGUGUUGGUGAUGGUAUUGUUGGUGCUAGCGAUAGUGAGGGUCGGGAUAUGUUGAUCUUGCCUGAUGAAAUAGUUACAGUUGUAUCCUUGUCUGAGGAUAUAGCUGUCUCUGGUGCCCCGGUCAUGCUGCCAACUCCAGAGAGACCAAAGCCAUUUACAUUUAAUUCUUUUCAGACUCCUAGAAGGGCUGGGAAAAGGCAAAUACAAGGAGAUAGCAAUAGAUCUGCAAGAAAUACGGCAAUUGCAGAAUACUUCACAGUUAAAAAAAAGUUGAUAGAGGAGAAAUUAACCAAUAGUACAAUAGCAAAUGAAAAAUUAAAAUUAGAAUAUGAAAAAUUAAAAUUAGAAUAUGAAAAAUUAAAAUUAGAAUAUGAAAAAGUAAAACCAGAAUUAGAAAAUAACAGAUUAGAAACUGAAUAUUACAAAUUAGAAAAUGAAAAAUUAAAAUUAGAAAUUGCUAAUUUAAAGAAAUAG